AUGACGUUUGGUGCAAUAUGUGAACAUGCUGAAGACGGUUUGUUUGUCACAUGUAAUGCUUCAAUCUCUGGGAGUCUUGGAAAGAAUACAAUGGAGCCGGCUGCCACUGGAGUGCUUUCCGCUGCAGAGCAUCUGCUCGAAGGCGCUGUGGCUCUAGUGAAGGGCAUCAAACAUCCAACUCUCCCCAUCAAGGCAAAUUUGACGCAUAUUUCAACCAUCCCCUUGCCUCGAUCAGAGCAUACCAUUUCUGUAAUCAAAGGCCGCGCAUACAUUUUUGGUGGGGAGGUGGAAUCUGCCAAACUUGCCGAUAACACCAUGCACGUUGUGAUUCUCCCUUCAAGCGGCGUCCUCGAAGCAGACUAUACAACCUUCGCAGCCCGCGCAGAGAACGGGUACGACGAUCUACCUAGUCCAAGGAAAGGGCAUGCGGCUGUGGUGAUCGGUGACAGUAUUUACAUCUUCGGUGGUGAGGGCGAUGGGGUAGCCAACGAAAAGGGAAGAAUUUGGGUCUACUCAACUGUCUCCAACACAUGGUCCCAUCUGGAUCCUGCGCCAGGCACUUCGUUCCCAGCACAGCGCACCGCUCACGCCUCAGCGAGCUCGGAUCUCCCAGGACCAAAGACUACGACGUACCAUGAGAGAGCUCCCCAGGCGCCCGCGGACCCCGCGAAAUUCGUUCCUGAGCCUGCUGAAUCGGACUCUUGGGGCACUAUUUUCGUCCUAGGCGGUCGUGAUACUUCGACUGGUCAGUUGCUGGACGAUGCGUGGGCUUUCGACGUCAAAACCCGGACUUGGAGCACCAUACCUUCGCCCCUUGGGCCGGCGACAGAGGGUGCAAGCGCAUCUGUCGUGGGCGAAUAUCUCUAUCUAUUCGGGGGCAAGAGUACAGGAGAUUCCACUACAGCUUCAAUCCAGUGUCUCGACGCCUCCCACGUCUGGCAACAUGCCCAAGGUGGGACAACCCCGCUCACCGCGGGCUGGGCAUGGAAAGCCAUCGAACAUACCAGCAGUGGGGAACCUUCCGCCUCCAUUGCACCAUCAGCGCGCUCAGGCGCUGGCCUCGUAGAUGUCACCACCGGCCAGGGCCGCCACUACCUCCUCGCUCUAUGCGGCGAGUCUGCCCCCGGAACCUACCUCGACGACAUCUGGGCCCUGCAACUCGCACCAGAGCGCUCUUCCGCUGCCGCCAUAAAAGAUGGGAUCCGCGCCCGCAUCAAGCAGGAUACGCACGAGGCGCAAUGGGCCCAGGUCAUGUGCCGCCAUGUUGAUGCCAAGGGGGAGGAGGAGGAGUCGGCGGGCGUGUCGGCGAGAGGUAUCGGGGCACGGGCGCGGUUUGCGGCGGCGAGGGGGACGGAGGUGGAUGGGGCGACGUGUGUGGUGUGGGGUGGGGUUGGAGAUGGGGGAGUGUACGGGGAUGGGUGGAUGAUUACGGUUGAGAGGUAG